UUUGACCCAUGGCAACGUGGUGCUGGCCCUCACCGAGUCAGCGAUAUCAAUUCCUCCCGACUAUAACCAUCUCGACAUAGACGACGCUCUUACCAUGGUCGCAAGAAGUACGGUCCAGAUCGCCAAGGCAAAGCAAGAGGAGAGGGAAAGACUUAUCUCAGAGAUGGAAUCCCUUCUCGGUUUGCAGAGCGAACAUCCGGAGGACGAGGAAGUCUUGAACACCAGACCGCAAGAGAUCGUGUGGCACCUCAAAGGGCGUAAGAUAGGAUGGACGGUCGAGAGGGUCAUGUCUGUCUAUAUUCGUGCCGCUUGUGCCGCUCACCGAAAGACGAAUUGCUUGACUGAGGUCCUCUUCAAAGAAGCCCUUGAACAAGCCAAGAGUCAUGAUCGAGAGUAUGCGACAUUUGGAAAGGCUCACGGCGCGUUCUGGGGUCUUCCUUCGAGUUUCAAAGAUACCUAUAACAUCAAGGGCGUGGAUAGCUCCCUGGGUUGUUCUCCGUACUGCUUUGAUCCUAUCCUGGAUGCUGAAGAUGAGGGAGGCCUCGUCAAAGUCUUCCGGGCUGGCGGAGGGAUCCCAUUCUGCAAGACAAACAUCCCCCAGACUCUUCUCGCUUUCGAAUGCCGCAACCCCGUCUUCGGCCAAACCUCCAAUCCCGGCGCGUCAGAUAGGACUUGCGGUGGCAGUUCAGGCGGAGAAGCUGCGCUUGUGGCUCUUCGAGGCAGUCCCAUAGGAUGGGGGUCUGAUAUCGGCGGAUCGCUAAGGAUCCCUGCUCAUUAUAGCGGGAUAUGCGGACUCAAGCCUGUCGUUGGGAGGUGGCCUCAAAAUGGGAGUCGUUCGAGUGUGAAGGGAUUUGAGGGUAUCAAGGGCGUUGUGGGUCCAAUGGGACGGACUGUCGACGACCUCAUCUUUUCCACGCGCUCAGUGUUCAAUACGAUCCAUGAGCCUUCCACCGAAUUGCCCGGUGAGCAAUUGUUGCCCAUCCCUUGGAGGGAAGUCGAGCUCCCGAAGAAGCUGAAGGUGGGCUAUUGGGUCGAUGACCACGCUAUCAAAGCUAGCCCAGCCUGCGCCCGAGCGGUGUUGGAGAGUGUACAAGCCCUGAAGAAGGCUGGUCACGAAGUCAUUGCUUUUGAUCCCCCGGAUGUACCGAAAGCCCUCCAAAUCUUUGCGGGAUUGACGUCCUCCGACGGGUACAAGACCCUGCUUAGCAACAUCGGAAGCGAUCCUAUGGAACCCUCAAUGAACCUUGUCAUCAAGCCCGUAAAGCUUCCAGGAUGGAUACUGCGCAUCCUGGUCUGGCUUAUCGCGAAGGUUACUGGAGAUCAGCUCUUCGCGGAUGUUCUUUCCAAUUGUCGUCAAAAGAGUACACAAGAGUUUCUGCAGUAUACGCAUAGAAGAAAUGUGUAUAUUGACAAAUUCAGAAGAGCUGCUUGGGACGAUAAUAAGUUCGACAUUUUGUUGACCCCGACUCAGGCCGUACCUGCUCUCAAGCACAACCAGACUGAAUGGCUCUCUCCCCUCUCUAUCGCCACGAUUCUCUUCAAUGUUGUCGACAGCACCGUCGGUGUCCUUCCCGUCACCCGCGUCAGCAAGGACCUUGACACCCUGCCCAGCGACUGGCUCGAGGGCAGUACCGGCUCGAAGCUUCUGCAGGAAAGAACUUAUAUCGGGAAGCCUGGCAAGACGGAGCCUGCGUAUGUGCCGGAGCAGAUGCAUGGCUUACCUGUCGGGGUGCAGGUCGUCGGAAAAGCUUGGGAAGAAGAGAAGGUUUUGAAGGUGAUGAAGCUCUUGGAAGGUCUGGUUGGCUAUGAGACUCGAUAGAGGUAUUGUAGAUUCAUAUUUGUAAGAGUACUUUCUCCUGUUAUGCCCAAUCCGGUGCAGUUUUCCGAAGCUUUUCAAAGUCGUCUCGCUUGAUACCCUUCGUUGCCCAUCGAUUCAACAUAUCCUGCGCCUCUUUGGACGUACGUUGAUUGAUGGCAUGCACGAUCAUAUGUUCCGCCAUUCCGCUAUCGACCCCACAUCGACUCUUUAUCUUGCCUUUGAUUUCUGCAAGCUUUUUGACAUCAAACCUAUGUGGCCCACCACCAGUGUAACCCCCACCGAUAUACACGUUCAAAGAUUUGGCGAGAGGGAUGACCUUUCUCUCAAAUUCGCGCCUGGAAAGGGGUCGCUGAAUGUACGCCAACCAUUUGACGUGGUCCUCUUUGGACCAUUGCUUUUGCGCCAUGGCC